AAGGUUUAGGCAAACCAUGUUCGAUAUCACUAGAUAAUGAGUAGUUCCUGAAAACAUUACCUUUAUAUAUAACCCCAUCUUCUGUAUAAGCUUCUACAAAAAAAUACCGAUGUAUAUAUACAUAUAGGUGUAUUUCUGGCAGCGUGCUAUAGACAUGUCAACCAGUUUGUUAUUUUCAGUCAGAGGUGCUUAACUACUGUUUGACUUAUGUACAAGUGUCUGGCACACUGUCCUUUCUGUGUGCAAUAAAAAGUUUACCAAUGUCAAAAUAUAAACAGCAAAAAGUACGUGUUUUGCAGUUGUGAGCACUACUAACUACCAUGCCAACUUUGCCAAGUUACAGUUUAUACUGUGAUGUUGGAUCUUAUUCCAACAUGCAGUCAUUAUUUGACCUGAUUGGAUCAUAACAGUGGUAAUCUGUACAGUUUUUUGUUGGUAAUUCAGAAAGGUCUGCAUCAGAAAAUAGAAAAUGCCCCGGAAAAGAUGCAUGAAUCCUAAAGAUGAGGCCAAAUUUCAUGUCACUAAAGGGACAGAUAAAGCAGGACUGGAUGUUAAAUACAUCAAUCCUAUUAAAGGCCGUGGUGUCUUCAGUACUGUAUCAUUUGAAAAAGGAGAAUUUCUAUUGGAAUAUAGAGGUGAACUAAUAAGCAAGCAGGAAUGUGAGAGCAGACAAAGGCUUUACCAUGACAGUCUUAGAGUCUUCAUGUUUGAGUUCCGUUUUAAUGGAAAACUAUGGUGCAUUGAUGCAGCAAAGGAGGAUGGGUCACUUGGAAGACUGGUAAAUGAUAACCAUAUUAAUCCUAAUGCAACAAUGAAGAACCUAAAGGUGGAUGGGAAACCCUAUCUGUGCUUGUUCACUUUGAAGAGCAUAAGUCCAGGAGAGGAAAUCACCUAUAAUUAUGGUGAUUCGGAUUGGCCAUGGAGAUGCACGACGGCCACAGAAUGCAACCAAAAUGAAGCCGCAAGUCAUUCAGGGCCUGGUCUGGUCAGCAGUGUUGAAAAGACGGCCACAGAAUGCAACCAAAAUGAAGCCGCAAGUCAUUCAGGGCCUGGUCUGGUCAGCAGUGUUGAAAAGGGUAUUCAGGUUAACUAUUGA